AUGAGUUCUCCUGAAGUCUGUACACAGAAGUCAGCAUUGCAAGAAGAGAACAUUAAACUUGCCGAGGAGCUGGGGAGAAGCAGAGACAAAGUCACAAGUCAUCGAAAGCUGGAAGAGGAAAGAUCUGUGCUCAAUAAUCAGUUGUUAGAAAUGAAAAAAAGAGAAUCCAAGUACAUAAAGGAUGCAGAUGAAGAAAAAGCCUCCUUGCAAAAAUUCAUCAGUAUAACUAGUGCCUUACUCACAGAAAAGGAUGCAGAGCUGGAAAAACUGAGAAAUGAGGUCACAGUGCUCAGGAGAGAAAACGCCUCUGCCAAGUCCUUGCAUUCAGUUGUUCAGUCUCUAGAGCCCGAUAAGGUGAAGCUUGAGCUCAAGGUAAAGAACUUGGAGCUUCAACUCAAAGAAAACAAGAGGCAGCUCAACAGCUCCUCAGGUAAUACUGAUACUCAGGCAGAAGAGGAUGAAAAAGCCCAGGAGAGUCAGAUUGAUUUCCUAAAUUCAGUAAUAGUGGACCUUCAAAGGAAGAAUCAAGAUCUCAAGAUGAAAGUAGAGAUGAUGUCAGAAGCAGCCCUCAAUGGGAAUGGGGAUGAGCUCAACAAUUAUGACAGUGAUGACCAGGAGAAACAGUCUAAGAAGAAGUCUUGCCUCUUCUGUGACAUUUGUGACUGCUUUGACCUGCAUGCACAGAGGAUUUUCCUACCCAGACACAGAUGUCUGAUGACCCUCCCCACUCUACACACCAUGGCAGUGGGAGUGAGGAACGCCCGUACUGUGAGAUCUGAGAGAUGUUUGGCCACUGGGCAGCCAACUGCAAUGACAACAAGACCUUCUGAUGAAGCCUCAAGUCAAGAACUUGGCUUUUUCAGGCGUGCUAGUGUUUAA